AUCCCCUGUGGUGGUCACAAUGCCCUCAGUACCACUGGAGGACCUCACUGCCUUUGUAGGACACACUCAUGCAGCCAUGUAAUGUCCACAGGUUAUGUGUUGCUAUGGAGUGUGUGGUGUGGAGGGAUCAUCCCCUGUGGUGGUCACAAUGCCCUCAGUACCACUGGAGGACCUCACUGCCUUUGUAGGACACACUCAUGCAGCCAUGUAAUGUCCACAGGUUAUGUGUUGCUGGAGUGUGUGGUGUGGAGGGAUCAUCCCCUGUGGUGGUCACAAUGCCCUCAGUACCACUGGAGGACCUCACUGCCUUUGUAGGACACACUCAUGCAGCCAUGUAAUGUCCACAGGUUAUGUGUUGCUAUGGAGUGUGUGGUGUGGAGGGAUCAUCCCCUGUGGUGGUCACAAUGCCCUCAGUACCACUGGAGGACCUCACUGCCUUUGUAGGACACACUCAUGCAGCCAUGUAAUGUCCACAGGUUAUGUGUUGCUGGAGUGUGUGGUGUGGAGGGAUCAUCCCCUGUGGUGGUCACAAUGCCCUCAGUACCACUGGAGGACCUCACUGCCUUUGUAGGACACACUCAUGCAGCCAUGUAAUGUCCACAGGUUAUGUGUUGCUAUGGAGUGUGUGGUGUGGAGGGAUCAUCCCCUGUGGUGGUCACAAUGCCCUCAGUACCACUGGAGGACCUCACUGCCUUUGUAGGACACACUCAUGCAGCCAUGUAAUGUCCACAGGUUAUGUGUUGCUGGAGUGUGUGGUGUGGAGGGAUCAUCCCCUGUGGUGGUCACAAUGCCCUCAGUACCACUGGAGGACCUCACUGCCUUUGUAGGACACACUCAUGCAGCCAUGUAAUGUCCACAGGUUAUGUGUUGCUGGAGUGUGUGGUGUGGAGCGAUCAUCCCCUGUGGUGGUCACAAUGCCCUCAGUACCAUUGGAGGACCUCACUGCCUUUGUAGGACAAGCUCACACUGCCAUGCACCACAGGUUCCACCAGCUGGAGCCUGCCAUACAUCGUAAAGGUAUCAAGCAGACUCCUGGCAGUCCAGAGUGGUUCAUGUCUGUGUCUCAUUCGCCCAGAGAAGCUACUCGUAACCUCACACAUGUGGCACUGCUAGCCGAGGAAGCCACCAAGUACAUGGCGCAAGCUCUUGGUCUGACGGCAGAACAGGUUCACUUUGGUUUGCCAGAGAUGGACAUCAGUGCGACAGCCCUGACGGAGUUUUGCCCCUCCACUAUGGAGUUGCCGUGUGAGCCACACAAGUACCGAGCCCUCUCUGGACACUGCAACAACGUGCAGAAUCCCCACUGGGGCACGGCCGGCUCACGCUACGUACGCUUCCUACCACCAGACUAUGCUGAUGGGGUUACACUUCCCAGGGGUGUCGUCACCACCAAGAGCUCCAAGGGCCUGCCCAGUGCCAGACAAGUAUCCCUGGCAGUCCACAGCAAUGUAGACGUUCCACACGCUCACCUAGUCUCUUUGUUUCCUGUAUGGGCACAGUUCAUCUCUCAUGAUCUCUCUCUCACACCACAGAUGACAGGUUUUAAUGGUGAGAGAUUGAAAUGCUGUGGCAUUGACUUCAAUGACUUCCAUCCGGAAUGCUUUCCCAUUCGGCUGCCGGACAACGACCCUGUAUAUGGACCAAUCAGACAGCGUUGCCAGGAAUACACCAGAUCAGCCACCACACCUCGCACCGGCUGCACCUUAGGACCAAGGGAACAAAUGAACGAUGCAACAUCAUUUCUGGAUGCCUCGGUGAUCUAUGGAAACUCACAGCAAGAGUCUGACGCCUUGCGGACAUUCAAGGGAGGAGAGCUCAACGUGCAAACCAGCGCCAACUAUGGACCUCUCAUGCCACCUGGGGAAAACAGCUUCAACUGUAGAUACAGCAUAUCACACAAAUGCUUCAAGGCUGGAGAUGUGAGAGCCAAUGAGUACGUUGGGUUGACGGCCGUCCACACACUCUGGGUGAGAGAACAUAACCGCGUGGCUCGGCAGCUGCGGCAACUCAAUCCUCAUUGGCUGGACGAGAUACUCUUCCAGGAGGCUCGCAGGAUAGUCAUCGCCCAGCUGCAGCACAUCACAUACGCUGAGUUCCUGCCUCUGGUACUGGGGAAGGACACUAUGACCAGCUUUGGCAUGGAGCUAGCGAGGGAUGACUACUACAAAGGAUACAACAUGAAUAUCAACCCUGGUGUUGCAAAUGCAGUUGGCGUUGCUGCGCUUUACUUCUUUAUUUCUCUCAUGCCCAAGAAGUUUGAUAUUUUUGACAAGAGUGGCAAGAGGAUAGGAGAUGAAUCGAUCAGUAAGACGUUCUACGCACCAUUUGACCUGUACAAGGUGGGAGGGUUUGACUCAACGAUCCGCAGUCUGCUGCAGAGCUCUGCGCAGAGCCAUGACCCCCACAUCAACUCUGUCUUCACCAACCACAUGUUCCAAGUCACUUCUGGAGGUAAGGGCCUGGACCUAGCGGCACAGGUGAUCCACCAGGGCCGAGACCAUGGUCUGCCCUCGUACACCAUUUGGCGAGAGUUCUGCGGCUUUGGUGCGGCGACGAGCUUCUCUGACCUUAGAGUACAUAUGGACCCUGCGGCUGUAGCUGCCCUUCAGUCUGUCUACCAGAAUGUGAGUGACAUUGACCUGUUGUCUGGAGCGCUAUCAGAGAGGCCGGUGAAUGGCUCCACUGUGGGACCUACACUCCACUGUCUGCUGGCCCGACAGUUCAGCCUGCUGCGGUCUGGUGACCGACACUGGUACGAGAGUGACGUGCCACCCUCGUCUCUCACCAGAGAGCAGCUCAAGGCAGUGCGCAGAGGCGCGACACUGGCGCGCAUCAUCUGUGACAACAGUGACGACAUACACACGAUCCAACCUCAGGCAUUCCUGACCCCAGACCCUUACUUGAACUACUACAUGAGCUGCAAGUCAGGAGCCAUCCAACCUCUGGACCUGAGACCCUGGAGGGAGGUCCAACCUCAAAUACAUAUCUCACCCAAACUAUUGACUGAGGUUGUGGCUCGGGCCAAGAGAGAGCUGGACAAUCAGUGGGAGAAGUACAGAGGAAGUCAACCAGCAGAUCCCCACUCUCCCAUUGGAACCGCUUUUGGUUUCAGUCGACCAAAACGCCAAUCAGCUAUGUUAUCUAAUGCAUCUUUCCUUCUGGAAUACACCACAGCCAACAUGAUCAGAAGUUUCCUACAAGGCAAGCUGCAGGACGUGGAGUCAGACAAUGUAAGAGAGUUGGUCACUAUGUUGCCCUCCAUCGACAUCUCCACCAUCGACCUCAUCCCAGAGUUGGAAUGUGACGAGGUGGAGCUCCCUUGUGAUCAUACAAGGAAGUACAGAACCAUCACAGGCUGGUGUAAUAACCUGCAAAACCCUCACUUUGGCAAGAGUUUUCAACCUUUCAUCCGUUUGCUGCCUCCAGCCUACGAAGAUGGUUUGGGCAAGCCCAGGUCCACAUCAGUGUCAGGCAAGCCUCUGCCUAGUCCUAGGCUGGUGUCUCGUAGUGUUCACACCGACACGUCUAGACUACACACCAGAUACUCCCUGCUAGUGAUGCAGAUAGCUCAGAUAACUGACCACGACCUUACAUUCACACCUGUUAACAAAGGAUUCAUCAAUGAUGGUAUUCUCAACUGCCUGUCUUGUGAUUCUAUGAUCACUGUUCACCCACAAUGCUUCCCUAUACCGGUUCCUGAGGGAGAUCCCUUCUUUCCCUCGGUCAAUGACACAAAUGGAGAGCCUUACUGCAUCCCUGCUACCAGGUCCAUGCCUGGUCAGAGGACCUUAGGUCCAAGAGAGCAGAUCAACCAGCUGACUGCCUACCUAGACAUGUCGUUUGUGUACGGCUCAGACGCGUGUGAGGCCCGCAUGCUACGCAGCUUCUCUGGAGGCAAACUCAACUACACCAGGUCUCCCACCCGAGGCAGAGACUUGCUGCCUGAGAUAUACGAUCACAUUGAGUGUCGCUCACCCGACAAGUUGUGCUUCAUUGCUGGUGAUGCCAGGGCCAGUGAGCAGCCGGGACUGGGAUCAUUGCACACUAUCUUCAUGAGAGAACACAACCGCAUCGUAGGGGAGUUGGCAGUGAUCAACCCACACUGGGGUGACGAGGUUUUGUACCAAGAGACCCGUCGCAUCAUGGGAGCAAUGUACCAACACAUCGUGUUCUCUGAGUGGCUACCUCGCAUCUUUGGCUGGGAGGGCAUCCGUCGACACGGGCUUACUCUACAACAUGAGGGCUACUACACUGGCUAUGACCCCAGUUGUGAUGCAACAGUUAUCAACGAGUUCUCAGCCGCAGCAUUCAGGUUCGGCCACAGUCUGCUGCGUCCUGUGUUCCGCAGAGUAGAUCCUCAGUACAGAGAGAAGCAACCCCCUGUGCGACUCAGGGAUCACUUCUUCAAACCAGAAAUUCUCUACCGCCCCAACAUGAUAGAGGAAAUCAUACUAGGACUUGUUGAUACCCCCAUGGAGACUUUGGAUAACUUUAUCACCGAGGAAGUCACUAAUCAUUUGUUUGAAAAGACCGGAGUUAUUUUUUCAGGAAUGGACCUAAUAUCUCUCAACAUGCAGAGAGCCCGUGAUCAUGGAAUACGAGGCUACAACUACUACAGGGAGCUCUGCAACAUGACUCGUGCCAGAGACUUCAAUGAUCUGCGAGGUGAGAUGUCUCCGGAGCUUGUUGAAGUGUUGAGGACAGUGUACGACCAUGUAGAUGACAUAGACCUAUUCCCGGGUGGUAUGAGUGAGCGAGCGCUACCCGGUGGAGUGCUUGGACCUACCUUCGCCUGCAUUGUCGGACAUCAGUUCCGCCGCUUACGGUCCUGCGACAGGUUUUGGUAUGAGAACAAUGACCCACUGACAAGGUUCACGCCAGCUCAGCUGACUGAGAUCAGGAAGAUGACCAUCUCUAGCUACAUCUGCAACAAUGUGGAGGGGGCUGCGACGAUACAGAGACAUGCGCUGGACCUGCCUGACCCUUUCAUGAACCCCCGAGUGCCUUGUAGCAGCAUAGCCAGGGUAGAUCUGACAGCGUGGAAGGACAGAGCUGCAUGUGCUGUAAGGAACACUGCCAUAGACAUCGGGGCAACACAACACAUCUCCCCCUGUACCACCUGCACCUGCACUAAAGAGGGGCCUGUAUGUCAGUCAGUGAAGGUGACCAACUGUUUCCAACUGGCUCGUCAGUUCACGUCCCAAGCCGUGUUGGACGACACUGUAUGUAAGGUCCAGUGUGCCUUCAUCUUCCGAGCACUGCAAGAGUUCUCUGAACCUCUUGAAGACAAUCAACUCGGCUUCAGCUAGACAAACUGCAGCUUCACUCUCUAGUCUCCAACAAACACACAGUUCAGUACAAACAGCCUAGUGUAUAUGUGUGAGUAAAUGCCCGAAUUGAGGAUAAAACUGACUUUCAAUAGUUUUGAAAUUUAAUUUAUUUACAUUUCUUAAACUUGCUAUUUGAAUUAAUGCUCGCUACAGUAUAUGAAGAUUUCUAGUAGUAUUUAAACUGAAUAGGCCAAACAGUAAAUAUUACUUUAUUCUGAAUGUUAAAAUUUGACUAGUGAAUAAUAAAAAAAAUACUCUUGGAAACCAAAAUCUGCGCUCAAUUUCCAUCUGUAUAACAUAAUUGGCUGUUUUUGUUUGAACUGAUUGUAAAAUCUACCCUGUUAUUGAGAUUCAUGUUCAAUACAUUUAAAUCUUUUAGGUAGGUAAUUGUUUUACAAAACACACCUCUUUACUUUAAGAAUAAUAAGAAAGGAUGUUUAAAAACCUGAUUUCGUGGAAUUGUGGACACAUUUUGUAUGCCAUUUAUAGGGAUACACCAUAACCAGAAUUCAACCGUGUGUUUAAGUUUAUGGUAAUUUACUAUGAUCAAAAGUGGUCAUGCAUAGAUUCUGUACUUUAAAAUCCUUUAUUUUAUGGGGCCAUUCAAUCAUUGGUGCAGUGAUAUAUGUGUGGUGAAUUGUAUUUUCCAACACUCAGUUUGAACAUAAUACAUUUUAUCAUUAGGAAGUACAGGAGAAUAUGGACAAGACGUUUAAACUAUUAUUUACACUGUAGCGUAAUAGCCUAUUUUCCCAUGUAAUUCACCGGUGCUCGCACCCUAUGAGGAUUUAUUAUAACUCAAUGCUACAAAUUUACACUAGGGGUCUACCACAGUAAAGUCAGUUUAAAAUAUGUCUUAUUAUGUUUUUCUCAAGUUGUUUUGAAAUCCAUCUCCACUCCUCAAUAAAGAUGGUUUAAGAGGUACCUAUUAUUCUUAUGAUGGAAGAAGAAUAUCCUCACAGUCUUUCUCCUGAAGUAGAAUACAUUACAAACAGGCAAAGCAGUUUGUUCUGCUAAAGCACACAAGUCAAACUUCCAUUUUAUAAUGCAUACCGUAAUAAUGUUCCACUAAGAAUGGUUUUGAUAUAUAAUCCAAAUAGUCCCAACACACUACUUCACAACCUAAAUGGCAGAAACCUCAUGUGCCUGUUAUAACCUUGAAACUUGGUUAUAAAUUAAACAUAGUAAAAAUUGAAUACCGAUUCAGUAUUAAAUCUUUCUACAAAUUCAACCAGCAUUCAUUAACUUUUUACUUUGAAUGGUAUAGAAAUUAAUAUAUAAUUUAUAUUUGGAAUAAGUUGUAUUAAUAUAUUAUUUAUACUAAAUAGUUUAUAAAGUUCAUUUAAAUAUAUACAGCACUUAUUACAACUAUGUCAUCGAAGAUUUUUUUAUAUAGUAGCCAUAAAAUCUACCAUAUUUGAAUAUAUAUCUCAAUAUAUUUCCCUAACUCCAACUACAGUAGCAUACCAUGGUGGAAGGAAAAAACAUAGGUGUGCUAUUCCCACAUAUUCUGACGU